AAAACAGAGGAAAAGAUUCAGACAUGGAAAGAAGUUUUGGAGGGUGUGGCCACAAUCGCCGGUUACCAUUUCAGAAAGGGGUAACUAAUCUCCAAAAGUUAGAUCUUACGGAAUGCUCACGUCUGGUAAAGUUGUCUAUCUCUAUUGGAAAUGCAACUAAUCUCCAAAUAUUAUGUCUCAACGGUUGUUCAAGUCUAGUGGAGUUGUCUUUCUCUAUUGGAAAUGCAACUAAUCUCCAAGAAUUAGAUCUGAGGCAAUGCUCAAGUCUGGUGAAGCUACCUUCUUCUAUUAGAAAUGCAACUAAUCUCCAAAAAAUGUAUGUCAAGGGUUGUUCUAGUCUGGUGGAGAUGCCUUUCUCUAUUGGAAAUGUCAUACUGAUUUCUUCUAAUUUCCUGACAUUAGAUCGAGAGGUUUGUUCAAGUCUAGUGGAGAUGCCUUUCUCUAUUGGGAAUGUCAUAGUAAAUUGUUGUCUAGACAGUUGGGUGGAUUUCCCGACGCGUGCUAGAGGUUAUUUGGACUUCAAAGGAUACUCAAGUUUGUUGCAAAUCCCUUCUUUUAUUUGGAAUGCCAUUGAGCUCGAGGGUUUAGAUUUUAGUGGAUGCUCAAGUUUUGUGGAAGUCUCGGCCUCUAUUGGAAACCUUCACAAAUUAGAUUUCUUGGUUUUCAAAGGAUGCUCCAAACUAGAGGUUUUCCCCGUCAACAUCAAUUUGAAAUCUCUCAAUAGACUUGAUCUUAGUGGUUGUUCGUCGUUAAAAACUUUUCCUGAGAUCUCCACAAAUAUAAGCUAUCUCGAUCUCAGUGGAACUGCAAUAGACGAAGUGCCUUCAUCAAUCAGGACUUGGUAUCGCCUUGAGGAACUCAUACUCGAGGAAUGCAAAAAUCUCUUUUCUCCCACAGCUUCCACAAUCCUUAUGGUUACUAAAUGCGGUAAACUGUGAGUCAUUAGAG